AUGAAGCUUCAGCAAGCCCUUUCUGUUCUGUCCCUAGCGGCAUUCGCCGCAGCAGGUGAUUUUUAUGCGACCUGCAGAAUCGAUGACAUUCAGGAAAACCGAGUGAUGACUGCCAAAUGCGCGGGCUCCCGUGGCAAGUUGCACAAUUUCCUUGACCUUGACAAGUGCUAUGGUGUGAACGCUGAUGGAAACCUCAUCCCUCUGGAAAACGGUAAUUAUACUGGCCGUUGCCAGCUUUGCAGCAUCACCUACGAUGGGAAGAUGAUGUGCCAAUGCUUGGACGGCGAUGACAAGACUGUCAAAACUACUAUUGACUUGAAUGACAUCAUCUCUAAUGAUGAUGGCAUUCUUCACUGCCACGUUGGAGCCGGUGUUGAUGCUUCGUGCUUCCAGAACGGGAUGUGGGAUGACGAGUGCCCCUAG